AUGAAUGUUUUCAAUCAGUUGCGAGGCAGUGCUCCUGCUCGCCAUGGACUCGGAAGAAGCAAGACCCGGUGGCUCCAGGCCAGGCCACUCACAAGCACGCGCCCGGGGAUGGACAUCGGCACGGAUCGCCGACCGGCCAAGCAGGACGAGGUGCAGAACUACGACGUGGUGAUCGUUGGCGGUGGCGUGGUCGGCCUCACCCUGGCCAACGCAUUUGCGUCUUGCAGAACCCUGCGACAAGCUGGAUAUCGGGUCGCCGUCUUGGAAGCCUCUGAUCUCACCAAACUCAGCAACUGGUCUCUCCCACCCGAUCAAUGGAGCAAUCGAGUCAGCUCGAUCACCAACGAGAAUCUUCAAUUCCUCAAGCAGAUUGGCGCUUGGCAAUACAUAGAACAGAGUCGGACCAACCCCGUUGAACGGAUGCAAGUAUGGGACGGGCUCUCGGAUGCACGGAUCGUGUUUGACUCGCUCGACGGGCUUCCGCCAUCACAUGAGCCGACGGGCGAAAUCCCUCAGAUGGCCCGCUUUGUCGAAAACGUCCAUCUCCAAAAGGCCCUCCUUCAAAACCUCGAUAAUCGCCCGCUCAUCGACCUCUACAAUUCAACAAAGGUCGCUAGUAUCUCACCGGAUGAGGCCAAUUGGCCUCUGAUCAGAACCGAAGAUGGCCAGCAUCUGAAGGCCCGUUUACUGGUCGGCGCCGACGGCUUCAAUUCACCGGUCAAGUCGUACUCACAAAUCACGUCGACGGGCUGGAACUACAAUGCGCAUUGUGUCGUCGGGACACUCGAACUGGAGCCAACCAUGUACAACUGGACCGCUUGGCAGAGAUUCUUGACUGCCGGCCCUCUGGGGUUCCUCCCGCUCUCCGAUCGACAUGCAUCGCUUGCCUGGUCUACUCUGCCCCACAUCGCAGCCGGGCUGAAGGCCUUGGACGGCCAGACCCUCGCCUCGGCAAUCAAUGCCUGCUUCCGGCUACCUCACGACUCGGUGGCUUACCUGCUCGGGCGAAUCGGUGCUCAUUCGGCCGCCACGCCACUUGACUCGGCGGAGAUCCAAGCGGAGAUCGACUGGCGCUUGUCCCCUAGCGUGCAUCCGGCUGGCUCCGUCUCGGACGGGGAAACGCCUCCAAAGGUCCUUCGGGCCAGGAUGGAGACCAUCGCUAGCUUCCCGCUGAGAAUGUUCCAUGCGGAUCAAUACCUCGGUACCCUCGAUGGCUCCGGGGAUCCUUCGUCAGAAAACGUGUCACAACCAACUCGCACCGUCCUUGUCGGGGACGCUGCUCAUGUGCUCCAUCCGAUGGCCGGACAAGGUCUCAAUCUGGGUCUCGGAGAUGCCAGGGAGCUAGCCAAGACGGUCCGAGUGGCAAUCGAAAAUGGUCAAGAUAUCGGGGGACUGACAGCCCUUGCGCCUUAUGCCAGAGCAACCGCUCCAAGAGUCUGA